CUGCAGCAUGUCUCAGAGACCUUUGUGACAGAAUACUUGGUUCGUUCAGCAGGGAGCUGGUACACUUAAGAUUAGAGACGGCGAGUGCCCCAUGGCCAAUCGUAAGGAACCGAGCAUACGAAGUCUUGGAACAGAACAGAGAACUGUGGAGAUUAUUUAAUGCGUUCUCAUAAGCAGGCGAUGUGCUUAACUGACUACGUGACUACGAUUCAGAUGUAGCAUGAAAAUUCGUACUACACCGAACGUCACGAUUAUCUGCUGUCAGCCUUGAUUUCUCCCAGUUUCAGGCUCAUGGCAGGGUUCUCAUCAGACUUCUCAACCAUCCUAGGAACUGACCUAAUGAACCAGCUCGUGGAGCUACAUAUUUUAGGACAGUUAUGUCUCGAGUCUCUCUAACCGAAGGGUUAGCUUCCCAGCGCAAACAACAUCCCGAGAGAUGUAUAGAUGCCACAAUAAUUGAGUACGCUGCGCAGCACUUUUCAGGUUUUAAAAGCCACGAGCACGGCGCAAUAAACUCCGAAGGGGGUUGCGCUUGGGUGAUAAUGAUAUGUAAGUGCUUCGUGAUCCCCACAUGUCAUAACUUACGUAAGUACGAUUUGGUGCUGAUGUCUUGGAUGAUCUGUUUUGUGUGCACCAUGUCCCACUAGUGUCAUAUGUU